AUCACGACACAGUACGUGGGAAAUCACUUCUUCUUCUUGGGAAUUUCAACUCUCUCUCUCAUACACACAAAAAAACACACACACUCUCUCUCUCUCUGCUCUCAUCAAGCAAAAAAAGACACAAGACAACAACAGCAACAACAAUGGCAUCUUCCACCGCCAAGGUUUCGUUCCGCAUAGUAAUGGUAAUCCUCUUACUCCUCGUCCUCUUCUACGUCGGCCGCCCUCUCUACUGGAAAAUCUCCGCCACCGUCCACGACAUCCGCCACAACAAACAGACCGUCAAACAAGGUCUGUCCCAGAUCGUUCUCGAAGCUCAGAAAUCUGUCGGGUGGUACCACGACGAGUCCGACUCGGGUGUCCGUGAAGACCGUGUCGCCACGACACGUCGUUUUCUCGGUAAGCUUUUCUGAAAAAAAAAAAAAAAGAAUUAUAUAUUUAUAUUCUAAAUGCUUCAUUUUUGAGGUUUUUACUAUUUAUGUUGGGGAAAUUAAUCAGAAUUGAAUAGUGGGUUUUGUGUUACAAUGGUAGAUCUGGUUGUUUUGGUGGGUAAUAAUGGGACAGUCUUUAUGAUUUGGGCACCAAGAACAAAAAAAAUGUUGAUUUAGGUUUAGUUAUUAUUAUUAUUAUUUUUUUGAAGCAUUGUAAUGUUUUGAUAAGGAGAGAGGGUGUAAUGGUAGAAUUGUAACGUUAUUAUAUGUAGAAUGGAUGGAUCUAUUGAAAUUAAGAAUGUGGUAUGAAAAAAAAAGUUGAUGAAUUUUGGAAA